CUGGCAGGUCCGGGGGUAUGGCGCAUCCGGUAUCACUAUCAAGGAACGUCGACGGGAGGAAAUUGGAUCGCCUGUCUUCUGCGCACGCGAGGCUCGGCAGCGCAGAGCUCAGAAAUCACGGAGGUGAUCGUCAAUACGCCCCGGCCCCCGGGUGCACAGCGGCCGUGUAGGCAGCGACGUGUGUCUCGGCAAGUCGAGCAGCGACAUGGUGCUUGGUUCCAAGGAGGAGACACCUGUGAUUUGACCGUGUUGAAAGUAAGUAGGACACCUCAGCAGCGGUCAGGGACAAUCUGG